CCGGAAGUGGAUAGCUGUGCGCCGCGCUCCCCCUCAGACGCCGCUUCCGGCGGGAGAAGGAGGCUCUCGGGCUGUGCGUGGUCUCUCCGCCGGGAUGUUCCUGUGACCGGAUUCUACUCAUCCCCCAAUACUUGUCCUCGGUGCGGUGCUGAGCGGAGCUUGGAGAAUGCAGUGAGGCGGGCGGGCAGCCUGCGGCGUCCUCUCUCUGGGCUUUUAUCGCGGACUGUGGAUUCCUCUCCCUUUGGUUUUAGAGCCGUUUGCUCGCAGGGCUUGUUCCCACACCACUCGCCCCCUAACGAGGGAAACCUCGCCCCGUCUCCCCCUCCCGCAAGUCUCCGUUACUCGCCCCCUCCCCCCCAGAGACAUGGCCUCUUCCUCCGGUAACGAUGACGAUCUCACCAUUCCCCGGGCCGCCAUCAACAAGAUGAUAAAAGAGACUCUGCCCAGUGUCCGAGUGGCCAACGACGCCCGGGAGCUGGUGGUGAAUUGCUGCACGGAGUUCAUCCAUCUCAUCUCCUCGGAGGCCAAUGAGAUCUGCAACAAGUCUGAGAAGAAGACCAUCUCCCCCGAGCACGUCAUCCAGGCACUCGAAAGUUUGGGCUUUGGAUCCUACAUCAGCGAGGUAAAAGAAGUACUGCAAGAGUGCAAGACGGUAGCAUUAAAAAGAAGGCAGGCAAAUUCUCGCCUAGAAAACCUUGGCAUUCCAGAAGAAGAGCUUCUAAGGCAGCAGCAAGAGUUGUUUGCAAAAGCCAGGCAGCAACAAGCAGAAUUGGCCCAGCAGGAAUGGCUACAAAUGCAGCAAGCUGCUCAGCAGGCACAACUGGCAGCGGCCUCAGCAAGUGCGACCAACCAGGCAGGCUCCUCCCAGGAUGAGGAAGACGACGAUAUCUGAAUCUUUCCUGCUGGUUUUUGUAUCCACCAUCUAAAUAGUUUUCAUCUGCACAAUGGAAAAUACGCUCACCUGUACAUUUUUUUUCUUUUUUUUUUAUGCGUCUUUGGUGGACUGGUCAAUUUGGUAUUGUAGGGAUGUCUGUUAAGUCUCCACAAUUGUAUGCUAUGUACAUUUAAAAAAAAAAAAGAAACAAACAAAAACAUCCUUCUUGAACAGUCAACAACCUUAAGGUUCAGUAUCAUAUCGCUAGAGAAUUUUUAAUGGUCUUUAAGAAAUUUUAUAUUAGCAAUGAGUCAUUUACUUGAUCAGUAAGCAGUGUUAAACCAAACUACAACUCUAUAGUAUAGUGAGAUUUAUACAGAAACCUAUUUGCAUUUCCCUUUUAACUAAGCUUAAAGUGCAACUCUUAGGUAUUUUUUAAUUUUUGGGGUGGGGUAGCAACAUAUAAAGGAAUAUGGUGAAGAUGAGAUGUCGUGUCUUUUUGCUAUUUUGAAACUGGGGGGCACACAUGAGAGACGGUGUACUGUAAAACAUACUGGAUGCAUGGCCGCCCGGUGUACUGCCCGCCUGAACCCUACAUCUGGGCAGAUUCCAGGGCGGCCGGCAUUGUUUGUACGUGUCUAGUUUUAUUAGACUGCGAUUGACAGUCUUUUGUUUUACAAGAGGAUUUCGAGCAGAAAUGUGUACUCGUCUGCUUAGUGCUUCAACAGGUGCACGUUUCGGGAUUUAUAUUUAGGUUGGCACAGAUCUUUUAGGAUUUGGGUUUUCAUUCAUUUUUUUUUUUCCCCCCUGUUUUUAAACGCUAAUGCCAAUUCGUUUCAGUGGACAGUGAAAUCCAUAGUGUGGGUGAUUGACAGUGAAUUGUCGGACUUUGGGUCAUCAGCAAAUUCAUGUAAGUGUAUAAAACACAUCCGGGUUGGAGCCUCUGUGGCGAAUCCCUUUGCGUUAACAGGAAGAAUACCGAUGAAUGCAGCUCCGUUUCUCCCAUUGAAAUGAUGGACUUAUCUGAGGUACACAGCAGACCCGGGUCCGUUUUUUUUCCAAAGCCGGUGUCCAUUGUGCAAAGGGUCCGGCACUCCCAUCAUGGUUUCUGCAUGUGGCGAAGCCAUAAUGCAGGUAUGAACAGAGCCUUGUAAAUAUGUUGGAUUUUUUUCUUCUUUUUUUUAACUGACACUCUUGUAAUUGUAGUGGUUGUGGGCUUUGCUUUAUGAAGUAUAGUAUGGGUGGUGAUCAGAAAGGAGCAGACAAGGUUCUCACUCAAUGUAAAUCUUCAUCUAAGACACCCCUGCACUAUUUAGGUGUACUGGUCGGCUUUUUACCUGGUAACGGCCGUACCGAUUUACAAUCUGUUGCUCAAAUAUAAAGUUAGAAAAACUAUUAGAAACCACUCCAGUCCAUUUUUGUUCUACCCACGUGGGAUCUCAUUAUUUAAAGGGAUUGUAUCACUUCAGCAAGUGGCAUUUAUCAUGUAGAGAAACUUAAUACAAAGCACUUACUAAUGUAUUGUGAUUGUCCAUAUUGCCUCUUUUGCUGGCUGGUUUCAGUUUUCAUCAAAUUGUUCACUGCUUAUAUCCAGGGGUUACACAGCCACUGCUGCAGCGCAGAUAUGAGGUGGCCAAAAUGGGAGCUGCUGCACAUGCGUAUCUAUGUGCACUCCCAUGGUCCCGGCCACCAGAGAGUAAAGCUUGUUUAACUAUGGUGUCUAAGCACGACCACUGCUGCUGGAUUGCAGGGUGGUCCUAACCUCUGGAACCGAGCAAAGUAUAAUGUAAUGGAAAAAUACAUUAGGAAGUGCCUUGUAUUAACUUUAUCUACAUGAUAAAUGCCACUUGCUGAAGGGAGACAACCCCCUUUUAAUACCAUCUACUCUGUUCAGAUUCGUAGAUGUAUUUCAAAGAGGUUCGUUCUUUACAUGCAGACGGACAUAAUCUCUCUCUCUUGAUCUGAGCCGGAGGAAGAUAUUUGGCUGUUCAAUUCAAAUUGACUGUGUCAUGGCUGGUUGUUUGGUAUUAUAUCCCUGGCAGUGGGCCUGUUGGGCAGAACAUCCCGGUCGGGCUAUUCAGAUCUUCAGCUCAAGGCAAGAUUGCUGCUAAAUAAAGAGCAGAGAGGAUUUUCAGGACUUUCUCUUUGGCAUUAUGCACAUAAUAUUUGUAUCGACCAGUAAGGCCAGUUGCACUCGUACAUGUGCGGUUCCCUGAUCUACGGUCUGUGUGAUGGUCCCAAUUCCCAUACCGACUGUGGUUCGGCUUACCCAAAUUCACCUUAUUAUAGUGAUCUAUAAUGCUGGGAGAUCCAGCCCGAUUGUAGGUCUACUGUCCUGUAGUCGAUGCUGUGAGUACAGGACAGCAGACAGAGUAGGUCUGGAAGUCCUAAUUUAUAUAUCAUGAUCAUACAGGGAGUUCUGGUUAGCCGGGCUGUGGUCGGUCCAGGAAAUGCAGCUGCCCAGACCGCAAACUGACCGAAUUCAACACAUUAGCCUGUUAUGGGCCCAUAUUGUACAUCUGUGGGCCUUCACUUCUGUUUUUUAAGUACUUCACAGGAACUGUGUGUCGGCACACUGAGCAAGUACAGUUCCAUACUGUGGACCUAUAGAGAAUCCAUGUUCGUGCAUAUAGAUGUGAGUGAUAAAUCUGACUUCUUCUUUCUUGGACGUCCUGCAGAUAGUGAGGGAUUAUUACCCCAUACCAUGAUAAUACAUUAGAGCGACCCUCACAAUUAAUUGAUGGAUGUGUUUUUCAUGGAGAAAUGUGACUCGCAUACUUUUCUUGAUUAUAUGAGAUCAAUAACCAGUGUUACUUACCACUGGGAACAUUUCAAAACCUGACCAACCUGAUACUUGUCAUUCACCGUGUUGUAUUCUGGGGCUUGUGUACCCGUUUCGGUCCUGUCACCUGCGUCCUUAGAACCGUAAUGUACUAUAGGCUAAGUGCAGUAUAUAUAUAUUUUGUGCCAUAAGUAAAACACUGAGAAGGAGGUGCUUAGGAACUCCCUUUGUGGAAAUUGCCCCCUUUUUAUUUUCAGUUCAAAUAACACUUAAGGGGGUUAUCUCACCUGGAAUAUUGGUGGCAUAUCACUAGGAUAGGCCACCAAUGUCAGAUAGGUUUGUUCCCAAAGAGAAUGAGAGCGCACCACGCAUACACAGCUGUCCUCCUUUCAUUUCUAUGGGACAGCACAUUUGGCUGUUUUCAGAAGUCCCAUGGAAAAGACUAGAGUGCACUGCACAAGCGCGGCCACCGCUCAGUUCCCUCGGCCAGCGCUUGGCUAUUUUCGGGAGCCCUAUAGAAAUGAACGGAGAGUGCGCUGCACAAGUGCGAUGUGCUCUUGUUCUCUUUGGGUGCGGGUAUCUGGCAUUGGUGGCAUAUCCUAGCACUAAGCCCCGAAUGUUCCCGGUCAGACAGCCAAGGCAUACUGUAGACAUGAUGCUAUCUUUCCUCUUUUCUGCCAUAGUAAUAGUGAGUCUAGUGGCAGCCAAAUAGCUCACGUGAAUUGGGAGGACGGUUGUGAAAUCCCAGGAUAUUCCUGGAAUGUUUCUGAAGGUGUGAGCUGAUAGUUAAGACUUUUAUGUAAAUAUUGCACACGUUACCUGUUUUUAGUUGAAGUUUUAUAUCAGAUUAUAUCAGAUUUCUCAUCCCUGUAAAGUGUUUUUUUUUUUUUUUUUUCAUUUGUCCCCAGUGUAAGCCCCUUGUUAAUAGAAAGAUAAACCGUACUAGAUGUCUCCCCUUUAGUCCCAGGAUGAUGUGUCAUAAGAUAUAUUGGUGCUGCUUAACAUUUCAUGUCUUACCAGAUAAAUCAUGUAAUCUCACAGCCACGGUCUCUCCUCCCCACCCUCGUUUGGAAUGUAAGCGAAUGGAUCAGAAAAUGACCUAUUGUUUAAAUUUUAUGUUUUUAUGUUAAUUUUCUUUCUUAGAAUUUUCUUUUAUUUUUAUAAUUUUUCAUGUCACAUUCUAUAUUAUAAAAAUAAUGUAUAAAUUCCAGCCAUUAUCUCCACAGGCAGAAUAACAAUGACUAGUAACACCCCUGUAUAGAUAACACAGGAUCCACCAUUUACUUUAGUUGAUAUCACAGCUUAUCUACUCCCUCCUGACCUCUGCACAGAGCAUGUCAUGGAAGUCAGUGGGGUCGGGUCCUGUCCAAUGUACCUACAGCCCAUGUAAAAAUUCACAUAAAAACGUGAUUUAAGCAAUAGUUCAUUUUCUGAUCUCACGUUCCCUUUAAGGCAGUUAAAAGUGGGGUUCUCCGGGCUACAGAUGUUGAUGAGCUAUCCUCGUCAGGUAGGUGGAGGUCUGACACCCAGCAUCACCGCCAGUUAGCUGUUUUGGGCAGCUACAGCGUGGACACUAUACCUUGUUCAGAAUGGAAGCAAUAGGCUCUGCACGCUGUGUUUGAGAUGCUAGCGUGCUGCAGCGUCCAUCAAUUUAAAUGCUAGCUGUGCUGCAGUACCCCAGCACGGCCACUGCACGGCGCUGUCCCCUUCCAUCUUCAUACACUGUAGUUUCCAGCACUGCAGCUGCCUGAAGCAGUUAAUGGGAGGGGGUGCUGGGUGUCAGACCUCCACCGGCCUGAUAUUGACCUAUCCUGCGUAUAGCUAAUUGGUCUCUGUAGCCCAGACAACCCCUUUAAGUGAUCUGAUUUGAGUUGGGGAGCAUAGACUAGAGAUGUGCUUCUAACCAUGUAUAGCCCCCAUGCAUUUUGAUGAGAUCUAAGCAGACUCGGUCUUGGCAGAAUAAUGCUGAGCACUGUUAUAUUUUGAGAUUUUUGUACCGGAAGCAGUCGACAAGACAACACAUCUUGUGUCAGACCGUCAUGGGUUUUGUUUCAUGAAUUGGAUGUUUUCUGCUGCUUUAUACAGUUCAGCAAUUAUUAUUUUUUCUCCUGCGAUCCUUAUCGCUUCUUGGCCAAUGGUUUUAUAACCAAAAGAAGUCACCACCAGCAUAGCCAGAAUAUUUUGAUGGUGCUGUGCUGACUUUUUUUCUAAAUUGUACUAUAAGGGUAUGAUCACACGGCGCAGUCAUGAUGCCGUCAUUUAGGGUGUGUUUUAUGUCUAUCAUUUCUGGACGGUUGUGAAUUUUUGGGGUUCUUUAGUAUUCUUAUUAACGUCAUACAUUAACACAUAUGGUAAAUGUAUACUGCACUCAACUGUAUACCCCAUGCGGUCAGCAGCAGGUCAUCACAACUUUGAACGUGCCCAUUUCUCCACUGGUUUCUAUUGGGAAAUGAGAUGUGGAGGUUCCUAACCGCAUCACGACCGCGCCAUGUGGUCGAACCCUUACGCCCCCACGUUUUUCACCUAAAUAGGCCUCCUCUUCCUUUAAAAACCGUACAAAAUGUUUCACAGACAUAAUUUUCAGAACGCAGUGUUUGGGGUAGUGUCACUGCAUUAAAUGUUUGUGUUGUGAUAGUUGGAGCUUUGUGAAAAUUUUCCUUUAAAAGUUCCUGUGCUUUAUACAUAUUUUUAUUUUUUUUUCUCCUUCCC